AGCUAGACGACCAAUGGUGUCUGAGAUGCAAGACAACACAAUACAGGAAUCUGUCCCUGAAACUAAUGGUGAAUGUUUGUGGCCACACGCUGUGAGUAUCCAUUCAUGAUGACUAGCUAGCCUUCCUAGCUAUUAGCUGCAUGUUUUCAAACCGUUAGAUGAAUACAUAUAUAUUAUUUAGCCAGACAACUACAACAAGAAAUAGAAAAUAAACUGUAAUGUUAGCUAGUACUUCUGUAACGUUAGUUAAGCUGAAAGUGAGGAGCUAUUACCUUUUGGUGCGUGAUGUCAACAUUCAUGUUUGCUUGUUUUCUUUUCUUUCUAUCUGCAACAUAAACACGUCCCUUUGUCUCAGCGUGUCUUGUUUACAAGCUGUACAGUAUGCACACGUUUAUUUUUUAAUAAACAACGCUGGCUUGUUGUUUAUUUUGAUUACAAGAAAAUGUGAUACGGAAACUGUGCCCAUAUAUCAAUUCUGGUUGAUGUAGUGCCUCAGUCUCUUUGGAAGUAACAGAAAAAAAGAUUGCAAUAAAGCUGUUCCCAAAAUUCCCCCUGUUUUGUAAGCCCAGACAUCUGCCCAGUCUCCGUGAUGGAGAGGAGACAGGUUGAUUUUAUGGGUGUUGUUAUGCAGUGACAGUGAAGCUUGAGGAAAAUGCUGGUGUCUGCUGGAGCAUAUGUUCGACCCUGUAUGUUUAUUGACCGUACCAUCAGGAUGUGGCUGUGCUUCGUCAUCAGGUCAGCCCACUCAUAACUCAGAGCUUCUGUUCUGUCUGGACGCAGGGUCACACUGGGAGAAAAUUUAAAUAACUUUGCAAUAAAGCAAUUUAGAGGAUCGCCCUUCCCUAGCUCCGGUCACCUUGCUGGUGCUCUUCAGAGCUGUUUACCAGAUCAUCAGGGUGCUGCUAGGAAACUGCAACCACACACAUUGGGACAUUGUCUUUUGACUGUCCCGACUGCUGGUUAUUUGACUACUUUUUGAUUUCAAGGUUUGGUGUGAUGAUGUUCAUGCAGAAUAUUUCCACAAUCUCGGAACCCAGAACCAAUCCGAUCUGUCACCAGAGAUAAGCCUAAACUUGACAAAAGUGAGAUUUGUUUUUAUCAUAGUCAACACACUGUCUAUAGGCUUAUUUGAAUGGAAUUCUAGAAACAAAAAUAUCCUGCCCACCUGUUUACCUAACCUGUCUGUCUAUCUGCCUUCCUGCCUGUCCGUUGGUCUGACUGUCAGUUGGUCAAGCUGUGGCAAGGUCUUAUCUGCAAUGGGGAGAGACUCUUGCUGACAGCUGUCAACGCUGUGAAGCCAUCCAGUCUAGGCCGUCCCGCGCGCGAUAUGGAACCACUCCACCCUGCAUCUAAAUUUAAACCCACAGUGGCACAUUUACUGUCCCCGUGGCCAGUGGCCUUCUGUUAUUUAUUACCUACGCACGAUGGCGCAGGGCCUGUGUCCUUUGGCAUUUGGUGACGGGCACAGUGCACAGCACAGAUGCCGGUGGGCCAGGGAUAUUAGGUUGGGUAGGUACAGAUCAAGGAAGGAGUGACAGGGACACCUCUGCAGGUGGAGGCUAGGUUCUUGUGUGUCUUGUCAGUCACCUACCCUUUAGAGGGCAGAGCGAUGUAGUUUAUCUGAAAAAACUCAUUUUGGAAAUUUUACUCUUUCCCAUGCUUGAUGAUGUACCUUGUAAUUUAUGACAUUCCUCUUCCCAUUAGUUAAAGAGCCAAUCAAGUGUCCCAGUGUUUUCUGGCUGUGGCUCUGCACGUUUUUUAGGUGUCACAAGCAGGAAUGGGGCAUCACAGCAGGUUAGCAGUGUUCGAUGGCCAGGUGAUUACUACACAAAGGGAUCUCCUGUCUGGGCCCAGGCACCACAGCUGCUUGUGUGGGAGUCUAGAGCAUGGAGUCUAGAGCAUGGAGUCUAGAGCAUGGAGUCUAGAGCAUGGAGUCUAGAGCAUGGAGUCUAGAGCAUGGAGUCUAGAGCAUGGAGUCUAGAGCAUGGAGUCUAGAGCAUGGAGUCUAGAGCAUGGAGAGGGCUUCAUGGGAGAAACGGGUGAACCAGCCCCUAUGUGGCUGCAUUGCUCCUACCUUCACUAGUGUAUAGGAGGGAGGGAGAGGAGGAGGAGGGAGGGAGGCAAUGUCACUGGCCCUUGGGGUUGCUGAGGGGGAGGGGGUUGUUUUUGCUGUGCCAGGCCCCUGUUUACCUCCCUCCUGACUUGCUGACAGCUGCAGAUGGGAGAGAUAUGAGCUCUGAGCAGGACAGGUGAGAGGGAGGAUUGGGGGGUGCAGGGCUCGCUCACCAUUCUGCUGCAGUGAGAACAACCCUGGGAGAGAGGAAGAGACUGAGGGAAAGAUGGCGUAUGCUAGAGAAAUCAUGUGGAUGAUGCUGGACAUAUUACCGUAUAGUCUAUGAGGCCCAUAUGCCCAGCAGCAGGAGAAAGGCACAAUCUGAAAGAUGGUGCUGCAGUGGAUAGCAGCUGUUUUACGGGCUCUUGACCAAUUCUGUCACCCUGUGUAUUAGUGAUAUAUGGGUUGACUCAUAACCUGCAGUCCCCGCGCUUAUAUCCACAAAAUAUUGUGUGGAUGAAGGGCAGGUGGGUGGCAGUCGGGUUGAAUAAAGGGAAAACAAUACAUUAAUAAAUCCAUAAUGUAUCAUUCUUGUGCAAUUUAUGCUGAGUGAACAGUUUUAUUUUAUUUAUUAUGCUCAACAGUUUCCCGUGUGUAUCAAGAAUGGUCCACCACCCAAAGGAUAUCCAACAAACUUGACACAACUGUGGGAAGCAUUGACGUCAACAUGGGCCAGCAUCCCUGUGCAAUGCUUUCAACACCUUGUAGAGUCCAUGCCCCGAUGAAUUGAGGCUGUUCUGAGGGCAAAAGGGGGUGCAACUCAAUAUUAGGAAGGUGUUCCUAAUGUUUUGUACACUCAGUGUAUAUCUAUAGGCUACAUUGAGGUUUUUCUUUAAUUAUUUUUAGGCUAUCUGGCAUUAGUGCGUAAGUCUAAGCUUUAGGGCCUAACUUUACACUCGCCAAAUAGCCUACACGCCAAUUGCCAAAUGCUUUUGGGAAUGGCCAGAAAAAGUUAACAUCGAUCCACUGAGGCAAAAAGAACAAUUUCAGAGAAGGGAGGGCCAGAUAGAAAAGUAAUGUUUGGGAAAGAUUUGGUGUAGUGGUAAAAGAGGAUGAUUGGAGUGCCUAUGUUAUGUGUGAUGAUUGUGAGAUGCUAUACAAAUUCGACAGUCACAAGACGGGGACUUCAAAUAGGCCAAUGGCACGUCAAGGGAACUGUAGCCUACUGUUCAGAUGGGUUAAAUGGAAACUGUAAUCUGGACACUGACUGUAGGUGUAUAACCUCUCACAUAGCCUUAAUAUUAACUCCUGCAGAAUUAAGCAUUUCUUGCAGUAAAAUUAUACACCAAAUGUACAUUUUGACUCAGGAACAGCAUCUUAAGAGAAUGCGAAUGCUAUCUUUAUCAGCAUCAUAAAAGCUAAUACUAUUUCAACCACAUAAAAUAUACAUCCAAGCCAAACUGAAAUCUUAUCAGAAACAUGUUGGGUCGUUUUCACAGCUUUCUAUUUCAUUACAACCAGUCAAACGGAUGUCCUUUGGAAAUUUAGCACAGAAAAUCGUUCCCAUUUUUUUUUGUUGACUUAUUGCAUUUUCUCCCCCGUCCCUAAAUGUCUUCGCUCUGCAAAAGAAGCAGAGAUGACGGAGAACUUUUCCGAUGUCAACAAGAUUGAAGCAUUCAUUCUAUCGAUUUAAGGCGUUAUUCUGGAGAGCAAGAGUUUAUUUAGUCUUCUAGGGUAACAUAAUGACAGAAGAGAAGCUACUAAUUAUAGAUAAGUUGACUAACAAAUAGCCGAACAAAAUAUCGGAAAUUAUAAGCAGAAACGUAUCUAAAUUAGGCAAAAAAAUAUCCUGCACCCCCUGUCAAAAAAUCUAUCGUUAAACAUUGUGUAUUUAUUCCUUGUGUUUUCGAUGUAUUUUUCUCUCUGCAUUGUUGGGAACGGCCCAUAAGUAAGCAUUUCACUGUUGGUCUACACCUGUUGUUUACGAAGCAUGUGACAAUAAAAAUGGAUUUGAUUUGACAAUAAGAGAAAGGGUCCUAAACAAAUGGCUCUUCUGAGAGGAGCUAGCCUGAAGAUGGCAAGUUCACUUUGACAGUCUUCUCCCUCCAAUCUUCUCAUAGCUUAAUCUCUUUGCCCUAGAAUUACACAGGAUUUCCCCUGUAGUGGGUCUGUUGUGUGGUCCAUUUAUGGAACAGGGGGCAAGCUACGCCCCACUCCUGGCCCUACCUGAUGAAUGGGCUCUUUGUGGGUCUGUGGAAACAAGCAGCAAACCCCCCUUUUACCUCCAUAUGGCUAGGCAUAUACAUCUCCUGUAGCCUGGGGCCACAGUGAACAUCUGCCCCUACUGGGCUGCACUUGAACAGGGGGCUCUCUCAUGGUCCUGGGGACCAACCACGUACAGGAUAGUUUUGUUUAAUUUAUGUUGUUUUGUGCUAAAUCCAGCAAUUGUUGAACACUAGGCCAAUUUGCUAAUGUUUUGUGAGCUUUUUUCUAUACUAGAGGGUGUGUUGGUAUUAAUGAUCUUUUGGCAGGUUUGCUUUGUUUUACGCAUAUCUGAUAUGUAAACAGGUAAAGUCCAGUAGCUCUGCAGUUUCUCCCAUAACUGCUUUUUCCUUUAGAAUCCUGCUGAUGAGGUGAUAAAGGUUUACUGCCUUAGGCCUAAAGGACUCAAGUUCUGAAAAGGGUUUGAAAGAAAUGCGACUUUGGAAACAUAACAUUUUCUACAAAAAUAUUAUCACAUUGAAAAAACAACUACAUUUUGGCUAUGUUUUGGGGUUAAAAUGGUUGUAGUCACCCCAGAUGUGGCCAUUUGGAAACCAGAUGUUGGGGCUUGCUUCUGAAGGUGGCCAGCUAAGAGCAGGAUGCCUACAGAAGGUGAAUUCCAGUGGAAUAAAGCUCCACAGAGACUUAAUUAAAAGUGUCUGUGCAAACGUUUAUCCAGCCUCCCCCCUGCCCGCCCCUCCUGCUGCCUAUUUAGGGAAGAUUUAAGGCCUUUUCCAUUGUCUUUAGGGUCCACUCCUCACUUGAGUGUGAUUGAUGGGUAAACGCCUACCUGCUUAAAGGUGUGAUUGAUGAGUAAAUGUUGCUCGGCCCGAAGGUGGCUCUGGUGGUUGUUAUGGCCGUGUUGUUGGGAUGGCUUGAGGAAGGACCCUCUGCAUUGGAAUGUUUUCCUAUUGGUGGAAAUUGACAUUUGAUGAUGGGAUUUGUGUGUCAUGCAACAAUUUCCUAGAACAGCUCUGUGUUGGCCAAUGAGGGAAGGGAACACCUCUAUGCAGUAAGAGUUAUUAAACCAGACCAAUAAAGGAACACUGAGACAUGAUGAGAUGUCUAAUGUAGUCCUGUGGUUAGCCUUCCUUAAUCGAUGCAGUUUAUAAUGAAAUAUUUAUCUCUAAUUUACCGUAACUGUUUUGUCUUUUUGGGGAUCUCAUUAAUAUUAGGCCAAUUGUUAGAGCACUUUCAAGGUCAUAACAAAUUAUUACGAUCCUGACAAUGUUGAAAGAAGCCAGAGCCUCUCAGAGAACUUCAGCAUCAGUGGAAUUUGAAAUAGUUUAGUGAUGAGAAGCUGUGAGUACUUUGCUGAACUGGAUUUUUCUAUUGUGUGCAGCGUGGCACGCUGACUGUUUGAGUUCCUUUUGAAAUGAUAUUAGAAAACAUACAUUUCCAGUGCAGACAGACACUCUUUGGCAGGAGUGUCAGAUUCAUUGUCUGUGUGAAGGUUGAGGGUUAAUCAACAUUCCAUUCAUGAUUCCUACCGUCUGAACUAUUACAUUAAGGUAAUAUAAGAUGGCCAUUAUCACCUGUUGUGGGGCUGAUAACUCACAUACAUAUUAUGUAAAAUGGAAAUAUACCACCAGGCCAUUGCUAAGGGAAAGUGCAUUAGACAUGCACAAAGGUAAUAGAUUUUGACAUGCUUGCUCCAUAGAAAAAGUUUUUUCUUCUGUAAAGCUGUGUGUGUUUGACACAUUCGUGUGUCGGUCUCCUCAGAUGUGAGAGCUGUGUGGAUAUGCUGUUUGUGCGUGGCUCGGGGACCUGUGUGCAGUGUGGCACGCCCCUGAGGAAGAGUAACUUCCACAUGCAGCUCUUCGAAGACCCAGCCGUCGACAAGGAGGUGGAGAUCCGCAAGAAGGUGCUCAAGGUGUGAGUGAGGGGCACAGGGGAGAAGGGUGUGUCUCUGUGUUUGUGUUCAGCCCACUCCUCCCUCUCCUUAAGCUGCUUUUGUCAUUAUGCUGUUUGUUUUGUAGACAAUGACCCCCCAGGGGUUGCUCCAAUAGGAAGGCUCUUUUCCUGCCUUACAUCUGCCUCAGCCCCUCCCGUUCUGUCCAUCCCUCAUCUUUCUUUCUUUAGCCCUGCUAUUUCAAUGUAAUGUGUGCAAACAAGUAUUAGGCCUGAUAAUUACAGUAUGUAAACUAUUUUUUUCUAAAAAAAAUUAUCAGUUACAACAAGAGAGACUUUGACUUCUCCAGCCUGAGAGAAUACAAUGACUACUUGGAACAAGUGGAGGAGAUCGGUGAGAGGAGGCUGUGGACUCAGGAGAGAUGGCGAGAUAGGGGAGAUGCAGCCUGGUCUUAGUGCAUUGAACUGUCUCUGGCCUUGGCUCUGGAUGUUGAAGUUUUACAGGCGUCAGUGCCAGCCAGGGUCAGAGACCCACCAGUCUCUGUGCCAGCUCUCAGAGAUUUCUGUCAGAUUGUGUUUGCACUGUGACAAUGGGUUAGACCUCUCCUAUGGUCACCUAUGCUUACAUCAUCAGAAACAUGGCUUAUUACUUUUAGAGCGAUACAAUGGCAAGCCCUUGAAUUGAAACAUUCAACCUUACUUAUACAUGUAAAACACAAUGAAUUAUCUAGAGUCCGAUGCUUUGCAACAUCAUACUUUAGGUUGUUCCGAAUCCGAUUUCAAGUAUCAGCCCUAGAUUUGAAGUGAAGUCCAUGCUAGUGUGUUGAUGGAGGGCUGCCCUGCUCUCUCCUCUCCAGUCUAUAACCUGACCAUCAACCUAGAGGUGGAGGGCACCAAACAGAUCAUGGAGGCGUACCAGAGAGCGAAUAGAGACAUCAUCCAGAAGAACAAGGGCAAGCUGGUGGGUACCUGUAACCCCACACGGACUCACUCUGCUUUGCCUGAUGAAACUCAUCGCUUAUGCAUUAUUCUGUUGUACUACAUGGUCUAGCUCCCUCUCUCACCAUCUGUCUCCUCCUGCAAUACUCUGUCUACUAGGAUAUGGAUAUGUGGUCCUCUGUAGCUCAAUUGGUAGAGCACGGCGCUUGUAACGCCAGGGUAGUGGGUUCAAUUCCCGGGACCACCCAUACAAAAAUGUAUGCACACAUGACUGUAAGUCGCUUUAGAUAAAAGCGUCUGCUAAAUGGCAUAUUCUUUAUUAUUAUUAUAUGGAUUAUUCUCUCUCUCUCUCUCUCUCUCUCUCCAGCAGACGCGAGAGCAGGAGGAGUUGGAGGAGCUGCUGUUGUUGGAGCAUUAGGGAAAUAAGCAUCGCAGGCUGGAGACUGCAAGAGGCACAGAGACCGCUACAGUGAGGGAAAAAAGUAUUUGAUCCCCUGCUGAUUUUGUACGUUUGCCCACUGUCAUAGAAAUGAUCAGUCGAUAAUUUUAAUGGUAGGUUUAUUUGAACAGUGAGAGACAGAAUAACAACAACAAAAAUCCAGAAAAACGCAUGUCAAAAAUGUUAUAAAUUGAUUUGCAUUUUAAUGAGGGAAAUAAGUAUUUCACCCCCUCUCAAUCAGAAAGAUUUCUGGCUCCCAGGUGUCUUUUUAUACAGGUAACGAGCUGAGAUUAGGAGCACACUCUUAAAGGGAGUGCUCCUAAUCUCAGUUUGUUACCUGUAUAAAAGACACCUGUCCACAGAAGCAAUCAAUCAAUCAGAUUCCAAACUCUCCACCAUGGCCAAGACCAAAGAGCUCUCCAAGGAUGUCAGGGACAAGAUUGUAGACCUACACAAAGCUGGAAUGGGCUACAAGACCAUCGCCAAGCAGCUUGGUGAGAAGGUGACAACAGUUGGUGCGAUUAUUCACAAAUGGAAGAAACACAAAAUAACUGUCAAUCUCCCUCGGCCUGGAGCUCCAUGCAAGAUCUCACCUUGUGGAGUUGCAAUGAUCAUGAGAACGGUGAGGAAUCAGCCCAGAACUACACGGGAGGAUCUUGUCAAUGAUCUCAAGGCAGCUGGGACCAUAGUCACCAAGAAAACAAUUGGAUACCCACUACGUCGUGAAGGACUGAAAUCCUGCAGCGCCCGCAAGGUCCCCCUGCUCAAGAAAGCACAUAUACAUGGCGUCUGAAGUUUGCCAAUGAACAUCUGAAUGAUUCAGAGGAGAACUGGGUGAAAGUGUUGUUUUCAGAUGAGACCAAAAUCGAGCUCUUUGGCAUCAACUCAACUCGCCGUGUUUGGAGGAGGAGGAAUGCUGCCUAUGACCCCAAGAACACCAUCCCCACCGUCAAACAUGGAGGUGGAAACAUUAUGCUUUGGGGGUGUUUUUCUGCUAAGGGGACAGGACAACUUCACCGCAUCAAAGGGACGAUGGACGGGGCCAUGUACCGUCAAAUCUUGGGUGAGAACCUCCUUCCCUCAGCCAGGGCAUUGAAAAUGGGUCGUGGAUGGGUAUUCCAGCAUGACAAUGACCCAAAACACACAGCCAAGGCAACAAAGGAGUGGCCUCAAGAAGAAGCACAUUAAGGUCCUGGAGUGGCCUAGCCAGUCUCCAGACCUUAAUCCCAUAGAAAAUCUGUGGAGGGAGCUGAAGGUUCGAGUUGCCAAAUGUCAGCCUCGAAACCUUAAUGACUUGGAGAAGAUCUGCAAAGAGGAGGGACAAAAUCCCUCCUGAGAUGUGUGCAAACCUGGUGGCCAACUACAAGAAACGUCUGACCUCUGUGAUUGCCAACAAGGGUUUUGCCACCAAGUACUAAGUCAUGUUUUGCAGAGGGGUCAAAUACUUAUUUCCCUCAUUAAAAUGCAAAUCAAUUUAUAACAUUUUUGCCAUGCGUUUUUCUGGAUUUUUUUGUUGUUAUUCUGUCUCUCACUGUUCAAAUAAACCUACCAUUAAAAUGAUAGACUGAUCAUGUCUUUGUCAGUGGGCAAACGUACAAAAUCAGCAGGGGAUCAAAUACUUUUUUUCCGUCACUGUACAGGCCAAGAGGAAGAGCAAACGGGCUCUACUAGAUAAACUGGUGAGACACCUAGACAUGUACACAGACACACACCACAUACAGUCACACUAAUAAACACACAUUGCCACAUAGGCCAACGGGAACAAAUGGUAAGUUAUAGAACAAUCUGGUGACACACGUAGAGGAAGAACAACCAGGAUAUAUAAGAUGAGCCAAUGACUAGGCUCAUUAAGAGCUUAUUUCAACUCCUGGCAAGUCUCCUGGCUCCUGGCAUUGUGUUUAGCUGCAGGCUUUAGAAGUCAUUGUCCCUGUAGAGCAGCCUGGUAAAGAGCUGUCACAGAUAGCAGGUUGAGCUGUUUGUUUGUUUAAACACUGGGCCUCUGUUGUCUGUUGGGAGAUGAGCAGUAAGACCCCAGGGACACGCUCCUGUGCUUUGGCAUUUACAGUAGAAAUCUCUUCGGCCUCACACACACACACACACACACACACAAGAGAUAUACACUACUUGACCAAAAGUAUGUGGACACCUGCUCGUCGAACAUCUCAUUCCAAAAUCAUAGGCAUUAAUAUGGAGUUUGUCCCUCCUUUGCUGCUAUAACAGCCUCCACUCUUCUGGGAAGGCAUUACACUAGAUGUUGGAACAUUGCUGCAGGGACUUUUUAAUUUUUUAGUCAUUUUUAGCAGACGCUCUUAUCCAGAGCGACUUACAGUUAGUGAGUGCAUACAUUUUUCAUACUGGCCCCCCAUGGGAAUCGAACCCACAACCCUGGUGUUGCAAGCGCCAUGCUCUACCAACUGAGCUACAGGAGGCCUUGGACUUGCUGAAUGGACUUGCUUCCAUUCAGCCACAAGAGCAUUAAUGAGGUUGGGCACUGAUUUUGGGCGAUUAGGCCUGGCUAGCAGUUGGCAUUCCAAUUCAUCCCAAAGGUGUUCUAUAGGGUUGAGGUCAAGGCUAUGUGCAGGCCAGUCAAGUUCUUCCACACCGAUCUCGACAAACCAUUUCUGGAUGGACCUCGCUUUGUGCACGGGGGCAUUGUCAUGCUGAAACAGGAAUGGGCCUUCCCCACAUUGUUGCCACAAAGUUGGAAGCACAGAAUCUUCUAGAAUGUCAUUGGAUGCUGUAGCGUUAAGAUUUCCCAUCACUGGAACUAAGGGACUUAGCCCAAACCAUGAAAAACAGCCCCAGACCAUUAUUCCUCCUCCACCAAACUUUACUGUUGGCACUAUGCAUUCGGCGAGGUAGCGUUUUCCUGGCAUCCGCCAAACCCAGAUUCGUUUGUCAGACUGCCAGAUGGUGAAGCUUGAAUCAUCACUUCAGGGAACGCGUUUCCACUGCUCCAGAGUCCAAUGGUGGCGAGCUUUACACCACUCCAGCCGACGCUUGGCAUUGGGCAUGGUGAUCUUAGGCUUGUGUGCGGCUGCUCGGCCAUGGAAACCCAUUUCAUGAAGCUUCCGACUAAUAGUUAUUGUGCUGAUGUUGCUUCCGCAGGCAGUUUGGAACUCGGUAGUGAGUGUUGCAACCGAGGACAGACAAUUUUUACGCGCUUCAGCACUCGGCGAUCCCGUUCUGUGAGCUUGUGUGGCCUACCACUUCGCAGCUGAGCCGUUGUUGCUUCUAGACGUUUCCACUUCACAAUAACAGCACUUACAUUUGACCGGGGCAGCUCUAGCAGGGCAACUAACUUGUUGGAAAGGUGGCAUCCUAUGACGGUGCCACGUUGAAAGUCACUGAGCUCUUCAGUAAGGCUAUUCCACUGCCAGUGUUUGUCUAUGGAGAUUGCAUGGCGGUGUGCUCGAUUUUUAUACACCUGUCAGCAACGGAUGUGGCUGAAAUAGCCGAAUCCACUAAUUUGAAGGGGUGUCCACAUUCCCUUGUGUGUAUAUAUAGUGUAUCAAUGAUCAAAUAGACUGAUAGUGUUUGCAAUAGAUCCUGAUAAGGAGCCAUCAGCAGAUCACCUCCAGCUGUACAUUGUUCUGCUCCACACCUUCCUUUCUGCCUGGUGAUGAAAACACUCCCAGCUCUGUGCCCACUGCCCGUCCACCCCGACAAUAACGUCCUGCUCCCUCCAUGGAUGGCGUGCCGGGGCUUGUGUUUCAGACCUAUAAGCUUGGCAACACUCCACUGGAGAAAUUGCAAUUUUCAACCUUCGCUUAAUGGAGGGGAAGACGGUGCAGUGUACUUGAUAAAACAUCAUACCACCAGGGUUUUUAACAUGGCUUGCAUCAAUAAUCUGAUGACUAGCCUUGAACCACCUUGAUUUGUUAUUUGUGCAGUUAUAGGGAGGAGUGUGUGAUUGAUAUUUUGAACUCUGAGGUUCCCAAGUUCCACAUCUCAUUACAUGUACCAGUCUUCGAAGCACCUCCCCAUCUUUUACUUGGCGUAAAUCCGUUUUUUGCUUUAUCAUAAUUCAGUGGUUGUUGAACAUACAGUGCAUUCGGAAAGUAUUCAGACCCCUUGACUUUUUCCACAUUCUGUUACGUUACAGCCUUAUUCUAAAAUGGAUUAAAUAGUCCCCCCCCCCAUCAAUCUACACACAAUAACCCCAUAAUGACAAAGCAAAAACAGGUUUUCAGAAAUUUUAGCAAAUGUAUUAAAAAUAAAAAACUGAAAUAUCACGUUUACAUAAGUAUUCAGACCCUUUACUCAGUACUUUGUUGAAGCACCUUUGGCAGCAUCGGGGAGCGUCGCUGCACAGCUAUUUUCAGGUCUCUCCAGAGAUGUUUGAUCAGGUUCAAGUCCGGGCUCUGGCUGUGCCACUCAAGGACAUUCCGAGACUUGUCCCGAAGCCACUGCGUUGUCUUGACUGUGUUCUUAGGGUCGUUGUCCUGUUGGAAGGUGAACCUUCACUCCCAGUCUGAGGUCCUGAGCACUCUGGAGCAGGUUUUCAUCAUGGAUCUCUCUGAACUUUGCUCCGUUCAUCUUCCCCUCGAUCCUGACUAGUCUCCCAGUCCCUGCCGCUGAAAAACAUCCCCACAGCAUGAUGCUGCCACCGCCAUGCUUCACCGUAGGCAUGGUGCCAGGUUUCCUCCAGACGUGACGCUUGGCAUUCAGGCCAAGGAGUUCAAUCUUGGUUUCAUCAGACCAGAGAAUCUUGUUUCUCAUGGUCCGAGUCCUUUAGUGGGCUGUCAUGUGCCUUUUACUGAGUGGCUUCUGUCUGGCCACUCUAUCAUAAAGGUCUGAUUGGUUGAGUGCUGCAGAGAUGGUUGUCCUUCUGGAAGGUUCUCCCAUCUCCACAGAGAAACUCUGGAGCUCUGUCAGAUUGACCAUCAUGUUCUUGGUCACCUUCCUGACCAAGGCCCUUCUCCCCCGAUUGCUCAGUUUGGCCGGAAGGCCAGCUCUAGGAAGAGUCUUGGAGGUUCCAAACUUCUUCUAUUUUAAGAAUGAUCAAGGCCACUGUGUUCUUGGGGAGCUUCAAUGCUGCAGGAAUUCUUUGGUACACUUCCCCAUAUCUGUGCCUCGACACAAUCGUGUCUCGGAGCUCUACGGACAAUUCCUUCGACCUCGGCUUGGUUUUUGAUCUGACAUGCACUGUCAACUGUGGGACCUUAUAUAGACAGUUGUGUGUGCCUUUCCAAAUCAUGUCCAAUCAAUUGAAUUUACCACAGGUGGACUCAAAUGAAGUUGUAGAAACAUCUCAAGGAUGAUCAAUGGAAAGAGGAUGCACUUGAGCUCAAUUUCAAGUCUCAUAGCAAAGGGUCUGAAUACUUACAAAUAAAUAAGAAAUACCUUAUUUACAUAUUUGUUACGGAUACAGGUAUCCUGUGUUUUUGUGUGUUUCUCUCCUUCUGCCCUAAUCACAGGUGUCCUGUAUGUUCCUGAUUGGUGGUCGUUGAGGUGUCUGCUGAUUGGACCAAUCAGGGAACAUUCCUGUGCAUUGCACCACCUGUUACUCGUUUGUUCAAUCACACCACCCAUUGUAUAAAAACCAGUCUUGUGUUUGUUGCAAGAGAGAGAUUUUUUUGCCAUAUGUGAGUAUGGACACGGUGGUGUCCUGUGUGUUGUGUACUCACUAAGUUGUUGGUUACCCUAUUGGUAACUUUGUUGGAAGCCAUUUCUUUAUGUGAGUGUGGAUACUGUGGUGUCCUGUGUAUUGUGUACUUACUGUGUUGCUGAUUACCCUGUUUGGUAGCUUUGUGUGUUUCUGGGAAAAGGGGAGUUUAAGCUAGUUGCCCUUGGGCGUACAUUACCCGUAGGAAGAAUUCUGUCUAAAAACACUAGUUAGACCUGAGCGGACCACCCACUGUACUUUUGUAUGACUAGCAGUAGCCUAGCGGUUCUUCAGGCAGGCUAGAUCAGUUUAGGGGGUUUUACACUAUUGUUUCAUUUCUUGGGUCCUGCUCAGCCCUUUUUCCCAAACCUUUACCGUGUGUUUAGUAAUAAACCAUUUGUGUUUGACGGUAGUUCAUGGUUGUUGUGUCACAUUUGUUCUCACUGCUCCAUGCCACACUACUAAUUUGCAUAAUUUAUGUUACGGGUCUCAUGUCCAUCCACCCUAGACGUUUAGAGCCACGGGGUUCGUAACAAUAUUAUUUUUGCAAACAUUUUUAAAAACAUGUUUUCGCUUUGUCAUUAUGGGGUAUUGUGUGUAGAUUGAGGGAAAACAUUAAUUUAAUCAAUUUUAGAAUAAGGCUGUAACGUAACAAAAUGUGGAAAAGGUCAACGGUUCUGAAUACUUUCCCGAAUGCACUAUAUAUAUAUAUAUACACACACACACACACAUGGAAAUAUGAUUACUUACCUCAUACCUGUAUUUGGAUGUUCCCCUCCAGGAGCGCUCUCAUGUCCCCGCCACCAUCCUGCUGGCCGAACACAAGGACCGGGCCGCCCAGCUGGAGACCCAGAUUGAGAAGCAGAAACAGGUGGUCAAAACCACCAUCUUCUCCACCGGCAUCCCUAUAGUGAGUACUGCACGCCACAUACAAACACACUGACUGUCCUGACUGUGCAGGCCGGAUUAAGCCUACCACAUAGUUGGCAUGCAAACAACAUCCAAACAGGCUAGCUCACACAGACAUGCUAGUGAAUGUCCAGCAUGCACCCUGAGUCGGCCUAGUCUAGCUUAACGUUAAAGCACGAUGAGCUCAUACGAAUACUCUGCCUACGUGACUUCACUCAAUGGUAACGCAUGGUUAACUUCCUUACACAGAGCCCAAUGCAGGUUAGCUUAAUGGGGCACACACUAUGCCCUUUAGGUCAAUGCUAAUUCAUUGUUGGCAUAUUACAGUGGUGGUCAGUUUAGAUUAGCUUGAUGCUAAUGGUUGGGGAGCCCCUAAAGGAGGUUGUUGCUGCAGUGUAUUGUGUCCAUUCCCUUAUCGAGGUUCUCUGCCUGGUGUGAGAACAAGCCCUCAACUCCUCUGUAAUGUCAUCACAUUCCUACCUGCAGCGCUCAGAGACCGAA